AUGGGGCGAGCACGGGCAGCGAGCGCUGGAGCAGGCGCGCGUGUGCCUGCUGACAGCAGGACCCACAGGCACGGAGGCGCUGAAGAACCUGGUGCUGGGAGGGAUAGGAGGGAGUGUGCGUUCAUCCACCUAAGCCAUGCCUUGUCUUGUUUUGCCAUUUACAGGAUAUGGGGCGAGCACGGGCAGAGGGCGUUGGAGCAGGCGCGCGUGUGUCUGCUGACAGCAGGGCCGACGGGCACGGAAGCUUUAAAGAAUUUGGUGCUGGGAGGGAUAGGCUCCUUCACCGUCGUGGAUGGCGCCACUGUGGAGGCCCACGAUUUGGGGAACAACUACUUCCGUGAGUCCUGGCGGUUCGCAUGGGUGGUGAGUGGUGGAGAUGAUACUGCGGUGACAGCGCUGCUGCAGGAGCUGACAAAACGUACCCCUCCUUUCCUCCUCGUCCCGAUUUUCCUACUUCUGUAUUGUGCCUAUUACUCAGUGGAUCGCACCCACCUGGUCACGUCACGAGCGCAGGCGGUGACAGCGCUGCUGCAGGAGCCGAGAGAAUCGACUCCUCCUCUUCUCCCCUUUCCUACUCUCUGCAUGGCAUGUACUAUUCAGUGGACCGCACCCACCUGGGCACGUCACGAGCGCAGGCGUGGACCGCACCCACCUGGGCACGUCACGAGCGCAGGCGGUGAUAGCGCUGCUGCAGGAGCCGAGAGAAUCGACUCCUCCUCUUCUCCCCUUUCCUACUCUCUGCAUGGCAUGUACUAUUCAGUGGACCGCACCCACCUGGGCACGUCACGAGCGCAGGCGGUGACAGCGCUGCUGCAGGAGCUGAACGAGAGUGUGGCGGCGAGGUUCGUGGAGGAGAGCCCAGCCACGCUCAUUCAAGACAACGCCACGUUCUUCAGCGAGUUCACUCUUGUCAUCGCCACCCAGGUGCGCAUUGCCGAGGUGAUUCAAGAUCAAACAAUCCAAUGCAUGGAGGAGAGCCCUGCCACGCUCGUGGAAAACAACGCCACGUUCUUCAGCGAGUUCACCCUCGUCAUCGCCACCCAGGUGCGCAUUGCCGAGGUGAUUCAAGACCCUGUUGUGCCGUGCCCGCUGUUCUCUGCCUGCCCCACCCACUCUCCGCACCGCACCCUUUUCGCCCUCCCCCGCACAGCUACCGGAGGCAGAGCUACUGCAGCUGGACUCGGUGUGUCGGCAGCACGGCUGUCAGCUCUCUCACUCGUCACAGCUCCAUUCACCUCUCUCAAACAUUCCUUUUCUUCCCACGCUCUCCGAUUCCCUGUCACCCUCCCCUCCCAGCUGCCGGAGUCAGUGCUACUGCAGCUGGACUCGGUGUGUCGGCAGCACGGCUGUCAGCUCAUAGUGGCCCGCUCCUAUGGGCUCAUGGGAGCACUGUGUGGUGGAGGCGAAACCAGACAACAAAACACAGUGGACGACCUGAUACGCGUCCCAUCCAUAGCAAGAGAAGUCGCUCUUUUUGUUGUUGUGCUCAUCCUUCCUUGUGCCCGUGCCCACGCUCCUCCCUCCCAGGAGCACUGUGUGGUGGAGGUGAAGCCUGACAACACGGUGGACGACCUGAGGGGCGUCGUCGAUAGCAUUGAGAAGACGUCCCUUCUGUCUCUGUGCGUGUGCCUGUGCUGUGCACACCCACAUGCCGCCCUUGUGCCCUGUCCGUCCCACCAACCAGGAGCACUGUGUGGUGGAGGCGAAGCCGGACAAUACAGUGGACGAUCUGAGGCUGCACAAGCCGUGGAAGGAGCUCAAAGAGUGGGGCAGAGGCCAGACAACGCAGUGGACGAUUUGAGGCUGCACAAGCCGUGGAAUGAGCUGAAAGAGUUUGCGAUGGGGUUCGAUUUGGACAUGGAGGAUGCGAUGCUGCACAAGCACAUCCCUUAUGCCGUCAUCCUGCUGCAGGCAGCACAGCAGUGGCAGCAGGGCGGAGGGAGAGGGGAGGAAGGGGAAGCAGGGGCAGGAGGAGCAGCAGCAGCAGGGGAAGAGGCGGCGCCGGUGGCGAUGCAAGCGGAUGGGGAGGGGCAGGGAGGGGCGAGCGAGCCGCGAGUGCUGCCUCGUGGUGCAGCAGAGCGGUCGGAGUUCAAGGGGUUGAUAGCAGCGCACCAGAGGCACAUGGACGAGGAUAACUUCAAGGAGGCGCUCGCUGCCGCGUACAAAGUGUGGUCGCCUCCCCCCAUAGGGUCGGAGCUGCAGGCCAUAUUCACCGAUGCAGCCAUGCAGCUCUCACACGCCUCCUCUGACUUCUGGGUGCUUGCUGCUGCGCUCAAGCUGUUUGUGGAGAAGGAGGGGGAAGGGGACCUCCCUGUUGAUGGCGCCAUACCCGACAUGCACUCCCUCACAGAUUUCUAUGUGGCACUUCAGAGAAUCUACCUCAGCAAGGCGGAUGCUGACGUGGCAGCGGUGCAGCGCCACGUCAGCGAGCUGCUGAAGAGCAUAGGCAAGGACCCCGCCUCCAUUCCCCUCGCUACAAUCAAGCUCUUCUGCAAGAACGCGCGGAACCUGAGGGUGGUUCGCUUCAAGCCUUUGAGUGAGGAGUUUGGAGCAGGGGCGCGAGCUUGCAUUCCAACUCUGCAGCGGCUCAUGUCAUCCCCUGAUGGCAGCCAUGCAGCCCUGUAUGUACUCCUGAGAGGCGCCGACCACUUCUAUUCCCAGUUCCACCGCUACCCCGGCUCUUUCCCCGGUGACGUGGACGAUGAUGACGUGGCACGGCUCAAGAGCCUGGCAGGCACUAUUGUCAGUGGAGGUGGCAGCCCCAGCCAGUCACCUUCGAUUCCGGACGAUCUGACGGCUGAGAUGUGCCGGUUUGGUGCCAGUGAGCUGCACUGUGUUGCUGCUGUGAUUGGUGGGGUGGCAAGCCAAGAAGCAAUCAAGGGGUAUGAGGCCUCAUCAUCCGUUGGCAUGCUGUUGACCUUGAUCUGCUCCGGCUGCGCGCUUCACGCUCCUCCCUCCCUUCCCGUCGGCAACACUCGCGGCUCCGGCCCGCUCUUAGCGCUAGCGCUAGCCGCGUCGCAGUUUCUAGGCGAUGCCGCUUCCCAGGAAGCGGAGGCGUUAGUUAAAGCGUGGUCGGAAGCGUACGGGCUGGGCGCAGACUCUCUGCUUCCCCCUUCCGCCGUCUCCCUCCCCGCGGGCGUGCCCGCUGCGCCGCACCUGGAGGAUUGCGCGCGAGCGAGCGCGGAGCGGGAGGCGUGGGAGCGGAGAGGCGCGAGGGGAGAGGAGCCCGCUUGGACGCGGGAAGGGCCAAGGAGGUCGGAGGCUGCUGCUAGUGGUGGGUGCUCGGGGCAAGAGCAGGGGGAGGAGGUCCCGCAGCCGCCAUGGAUCAGAGGGCCGGAUGAAGCCAAUCUGCCGCUGACACGUGUCGUGCAGAGGGACAUCUGGCGGCAUCAGUUCCCACCUGGGGAUUGCACCGACAAGCGCCUGCUCAUUGCCAAGUGGCCCAAACCUGGUGGCCAUGGGGCUGGCUCGCAGGUGCAUGUGAUGUCAGCCAUGCUCAGCCUGGCCAUGCUCAACAACAGAGUGCUCGUAGAAGACCCCGACACCUACCUGCGCGCCCGCACGCCUGACUGCGAAGCCGUGGGGCACAACAGUCGGUGGGACUGCUACUUCUUCCCCAUCACCUCAGUGGAGUGCCGACGAGUGGUUGUACAGCAGCUAGUCACCAACACACUCCCCGACUGCGCUGGCAUGGGCUUUGAGGCCGCUGCUGCCUCGCCCGAUCGCUUUGUGUGCAUCGGCAUGGCGAAUUCUAUGGAGUCCUCUGCUGCUAGGUGGGUGGAGGAGUGGGAGGGGAAGGAGGAGGAGGAGGAGGAGGAGGAGGAGGAGGAGGAGGAGGAGGAGGAGGAGGAGGAGGAGGAGGAGGAGGAGGAGGAGGAGGAGGAGGAGGAGGAGGAGGAGGAGGAGGAGGAGAGCAGCAACCUCGACGAGAUGACAAAACAGGGAUGGAAAUUUUCUCUCUGUUUCCCCCCUUCCUCUGUUUCCCCCCUUCCUCUGUUUCUCCCUUCCUCUGUUUCUCCCUUCCUGGCAAUGGUACCCUUAACAGGACCCUGUGAGGCGACGACGCAUAUCUCAACACAGCAUGAGCGGUGGUGGCAAAGGGGCGACUCAUGGUUCUCCACGGUACCCCCCUUCUUCCCAUACUUACCUCCCUUCCCUCGAACCCCAUCCUGUGGCAGUCUGUGGGGCGACGCGUAUCUGAACAGCACAUGCACUGUGGAGGCAGAGGGGCGACUCAUGCCUCUUGACCCUGAACUUCGCAAGGCAGUGCGUUCCAAAAGUAGCUCUUGCACCUUCCCCAAUUCUCCCCCCUCGUCCCCCCCUUUCCCAUCAAAGCCCCCAGGUGCACUGGUGGUGGGCGCAGGCGGUGCGAUUCAUUGCUCGAGUUAUUCCUAUUACGUUCCCCCUCCCCCUCGCCAGGUGCACUGGUGGUGGGCGCAGGCGGUGCACUGGUGGCGGGCGCAGGCGGUGCGAUUCAUCAUGCGGUGGCCGUCGGCGCAUCUCUGCCACGUCACCAACCAGGAGAGGCACCGCGCUUUCGGCACACUCUCAGCCAAUCACGUCGCUCGCUUCCUUCUUACCCAAUCAGAAGCCCUCUCCUCUCUCUCUCACAGCACCGCCCCUGCUGCUUCUGCCACCUCUGCUUCUGCCACCUCUGCUGCACCUACCGCACUCAACGUCCCAGCUAAUGCAACUGACUGGGAAGCAAGGAGGAGAAGAGCAGCAGACCGAUUGGCGGCUCUUGCAAGUUCAUCCUUGUCCUUCCAUCCAGACGCCACUGGCAGUGCCACAGGGGGUGGUGACAAUGGCAAUGCCAACAGCACGGAUGCCAGCUGGUGGCUGGGAGUGGAGGAGCCGUACAUGCCGCGGCCUAUAGUGAGUCUGCAUGUAAGGGGUACGGACAAGUUUGCAGAGAUGGGCCUGACCUCUCUGGACUCCCACAUCUUCCACAUGAACCGCCUCCGCCACCAUGGGCUGGACCUCUCCCAUGUCUGGCUCAACACUGAGACCCAGGCAAACCAUCUGCACUGCUUCUUUCCCCUCCCAUCCACCUUUUCUCCUCACACCAUGCAGGCCAACGUGGACCGAGCAGCGGAUCAGCCCUCAUGGACUUUCUUCUACUCGUCCAACGCGCGGCAGCAGGCCGCAGCGGGGUCGCUGCGGCAGUACGAGCGCGAUCAGUCCGUGGCGGUGAGCUUUGCAAGCGUGCUGAUUGCUGCGCAGUGUGACUACUUUGUCGGCAGCCUCGGCUCCAACUGGAGUCGCCUCAUGAACGAGCUGCGCUCCACCAACGGCCGCUUGCUAGCCGGCUUCGUGGCCGUCAAUUUUGGGGAGUGGUAG